AUGCAGCGACCAUUCAGUGGGCUCCUCUUCAGUUUCUCGGGGGUGAACGAGACCGAGCUGAAGAAGAUUGUUCAGGCCAAUGGUGGCGAGUCCAGCUCCAUCGUUUCGCCCAAGGAGGUGGAGAACAAGACGCAGAAGGUGAUCAGCGCACUGCGUAAGACCAACGUCUUCAUCGUCAACGACAACUUCAUCCACGACAGCGUCCAGCAGGGCCACAAGGCCGACGAGCGGCCGUACAUUCUGGCCGAAAGCGACUCCUCGCUCGUCAAGGUCAAGGCCUGGACUCAUGGCACGAAGGGCGAGCCCUACUAUCCGGACGACUUUGAGAUCACCCGGAGCGACAUCCUCCAGUGGACCGACGUGAUGUCGAAUCACAACAAGUACUACUCGAUCGAGCAGCACGUGGCUGAGGAGAAUGGCAAGAAGUACCACCGGCUGUUCACGCACUACGGCCGCACGGACGAUCUGGAGAACGACCCCAACUCGGGCCGCAAGGAGACGCGCCACUACGCCAACCUCGAGCAGACCGAGGCCGGCUACGAGUCGAUCAUCGAGGAGAAGACCGGCAAGAAGGGCUAUCGCAAGGUCGACAUGGCCUCGGGCAACAUCGGCUCCGACAAGGCCCGCGCCAGACACGCCGAGCCCGCUCCUUCCGCCGCAGAGGAGGAGGAGGCUGAAGCUUCGUCGUCGUCGUCGUCGGGCCUGUCGUCAUCUCUUCACCCGAUGGUGCAGUCGCUCAUCAACUACAUCUACUCGGAGGCCACGAGCAGGCUGACGGCCACGGUGUCGGCCAAGAUCACGUCGCGCGGUAUCGAGACGCCGCUGGGCGUGUUGACGCUCGCGCAGGUGGAGAAGGGCGAGGCCAUUCUCGACGAGCUGCAGACCCUGUACGAGACCAACAAGCUCGACCAGGCGUCGGCCGAGCGGCUCUCGAGCGACUUCUACACCGUGAUCCCGCACCCGAUCGGCCGCUCCAAGAUGGCCGUCAUGGCCGCCGUCCUCAAGACGCCCGAGGCCUUCGACCAGAAGCGCGAACUGCUCCAGCUCAUGAAGGACAUGGUGCAAGUCAACUCUGCCGGCGGUGGCGUGCUUCACAGUGCCGAGGUGGACAACAAGUACAAGGCUCUGCGGUGCCAGGUGUCGUAUGUCGAACCGGAUGACGGCAACUUCCGAACGAUCCGGGACCACGUGCUCGAUAACCAGGUCAAGUCGCGCGAGAUCGAAGUCCUCAACGUCUACGGCAUCAAGCGCGAGGCCGAGACAUCGCGCUUCACCUCGCAGCUGCACAACCAGAAGCUGCUCUUCCACGGCAGCAAGAUCUCCAACUGGGUGGGUCUUCUCUCGCGUGGCAUGCUCAUGCCCAAGUCCGUCACCGCCCUCGGCGGCAAGCGAACUGAUUACGGCCUGCUGGGCGCUGGUCUGUACUUUGGUGGCGAGUCGUGCACGUCGGCCAAGUACACGUCGGCCGGUGCGCAGGGCACGCGCUUCAUGCUCUUGAACAGGGUCGCGCUCGGCAACAUCCACGAGGUCUACGCCGUCACCCCCGGCCUCACUGAGGCCCCGGAGGGCUACAACUCGGUGCAGGGCGUGAGCUCGCGUCACGGCCGGCCGUCGGCCUUCACCGACGACGAAUACGUGGUCUACAACAUCGAACAGCAGCAGAUGGAGUACCUCGUCGAGUUCAGGCUCACCACCAGCGACCCUGCCUACUCGAAACCGGGCUCGGCCUCCGUGACCCCCUCCGCUGCUCUCUCGACGACCACCGGCGGCUUCAGCUUUGGCAGCUCGACCGCGCCCGCUGCGUCGUCGAGCUUCGGCUUUGGUGGUUCGGCCUCUGCUGCUCCCGCAGCGACCACCAGCGGCUUCAGCUUUGGCAGCUCGACCGCGCCCGCUGCGUCGUCGAGCUUCGGCUUUGGUGCAACCCCCGCCGCCUCGAGCUUCGGCUUUGGUGGUUCGACCUCUGCUGCCCCCGCAACGACCACCGGCGGCUUCAGCUUUGGCAGCUCGGCCGCGCCCGCGGCGUCAUCCGGCUUCAGCUUUGGCGGUUCGACCUCUGCUGCCCCCGCGUCCAGCGGCUUCAGCUUUGGCAGUUCGACCGCACCCGCUGCAUCGAGCUUCGGCUUUGGUGGCUCGGCCGUUCCUGCUGCGUCGAUCAACAUCACCCUCCAGAACGGCACGACCAACACCAGCCUGGUCGUGCCUGUCCCCUCGAGCCUCACCUUGCGCCGUCUCCGCGAUUUGAUCGAGACCAGGAUGCAAAUUCCUGUCGACGAACAGAAACUCGUAUUCGCCGGCCAGGUCCUUAACGACCCCGACCGCACCCUGGCGUCCUGCCAUAUCUCCCAGGGGUCUACGGUCCACGUCGCGAAGCAGCAACCAACAGUUGGUGACCACAUCACCGUCUACGUGAGGACACUCACGGGCAAGACGAUUACACUGCAGCUUCUUCCCUCGGACACCGUCGGCAAUGCCAAGUCUAUGAUACGCGACAAGGAAGGAGUCCCGCCCGAGCAGCAGGUGCCGUGCCCUUCAUCCCUGUACAGUGGUGGUGGUGGCGGCGGCGGCGGCGGCGGCGGCGGGAUGGUCAUGCGAAGGUUGAUCUUUGCGGGCAGGCAGCUGGACGACAACAGGACUUUUGCGGACUACCACAUCACCCACGAUAGCACACUGCACCUGGUGCUCUCCCUGCGCGGAUUCAGUAUUCCAAUGAAGGUAGCCAAGAAGGCUCCGGCGAAGAAGGCUGCUGCGGCCAAGAUGGAUGACGACGAGGGCAGUGAAGACGAUGACGAUGACGAAAUGCCCAGGGCAAAGAAAACCGCCACGAAGAAGAAGAUGCCCGCCAAGAAGGCCAUGACUGGCAAGCCGAAGAAGGCCGUCAAGGCAUCAAAAAAGGCCUUCUCCGAUGAAGAAGAAGAGGAAGAGGAGCUGAGCGAAGGCGACGAAAUGCCCCGGAUGAAGUUGACGAAGACAACGGCGAGAAAGUCGACUGGGACGAAGGCCCCGAGGAAGAAGAUGCCCGCCAAGAAGCCGGCCGCCAAAAAGGUGAAGAAGCCGGCCGCCAUGACGUCCUGCCGCAAGUCGCCCGGGGGCAAGGCGCCGCGGGCCUUCGGAUGGCCGAUGCCCCAGCCGGCGUGGGACGAGCCGGAAGAGCAGGUUACCAACGACGACAACACCGCCGUGGGCAGCCUUUACACCGACUAUGAGGACCUCAUCACGCCGGAGCAGAGCGCGAUGAAGAAGCAGGAGGACCACUACCGCCAGCUGUUCGCGCAGGAUAGGCACAACUCGACUCUGUCCGACAUCUACCUCAACCUGGUGGACGUCUUCAACAACAGGGACACCUUCAAGUUCGCCACCGAGUCCGCAGAGGAGAGGACCAUUCCCAAGAUUCUCGGCCAGAAGCGGCCCAACCUCGCCUCGCUCGCCGGCCAGUACUCAGUCGUCGAUGAGCAGCAGUGGGCCAAGAACUGGCAGGACUUCACGCAGGGCCAGUUCGAGGGGCUGAACUGGGAGGGCAUCUUCAUCGCCGGCGGCAGUGUGCUGUCGUGCCUCGACCCCGACUACCCCAACGUGCACAAGGGUAACGAUGUCGACAUGUUCCUCUACGCCACCGACGAGCAUCGAGCGCGCGAACAGCUGCGCCACAUCUUCGACACUGUGCAGCGCAACACCAACGGCAAGGGCGACAUCAUCCGUACCAAGAACGCCAUCACCAUCAUCAACUCCUACCCCUACCGCCACAUCCAGAUCAUCAUGCGCCUCUACAAGAGCCCCGCCGAGGUCCUCAUGGGCUUCGACAUCGACUCAUGCACCGUCGGCUUCGACGGGCAGCGCGUGUGGGCUCUCCCGCGAGCUCGCCGAUCGAUCAACUAUCGCUACAAUCUGGUGGACCUCUCGCGGCGUUCGCUCACCUACGAGUCUCGCCUCCAGAAAUACGCCAAGCGCCGAGUGGACCCGUUCCUCUUCAGGAAGACCCUCAAGAGCGUCCACGGUCUCGCCAAGCUGCUCAUCAUGGACCGCAACGCGGCCAAGGCGCAGGCCAAGGCCGAGGCCAGCCCGACCAAGGAUGGCACCACGCCCAAGCAGAGGGCUGAGUCGGGUGGUGCGGAGGCGCCUCCGUUUGAGAAGGAGGAGAGCGACUACAGCGAAGUGAGCCUGCCGUGGGGUCCGGACUGGUUCACGAUGGGCAUCAUGUCGAUGCUCAACCGCCAGGACAAGGCCGCCUUCUUCUCGACCAUCCGCAAGAACAAGGCCAACCCGGGCGAGAAGCGCGGCCCCGUGUCGCACAUCUUCGUGUCGGGUAUCGACGCCGUGCUGAACGACACCACCCGCAUGGUCGACGACGAGAACUACGAGAGGGACGCCUACAGCGCACACAGUGGGAUGAGCACCAGCACCGGCACCGGCUUGUCGACGCCUAAGAAGCGGGCCAGCCCGGCGGCGCCAGCGGCGACUUCUUUGGCGUUCGGCUCCGUCACCCAGGCGCAGCCACAGCCGCAACAGACCAGCUUCGGAUCGACGUCGUCGUCGUUUGGCUUCGCUGCGGCGCGGCCCGCCGCCACGCAGUCCUCCGUCUCCUUCUUUGGCAACGCCAUCGGCGGCGCCUCUCCCCACAGCAGCGGUGGCGGCGGAUUCUUCAUUGGCAAGACCCCGGCUGCGUCUGCCUCUUCAUCGAAGCCUGCCUUUGCCUCCUCGAAGGCCGCGAGCGAGAGCGAGGAGGAGAGCGAGGAGGACGAGGCGCUGAUCACGUCGCUGGCGUCGCUGUCGACGCAGCACCACGAGCCGCAGCAGCACCAGCCGCCGUCGCCCUACAACUACGGAUUCCCGACGAUGGGCGGCUCGCCCGUGCGUGGGGCCGACAAGCCGACGUACGGCAUCCCGUCGCCCUUCGCCAGCGCGUCGCCGAUCACCUCGGCCGCCGCGCCGCACUCCUACGGCAUCCCCACCUCGCCUCAGCGCGACUCCAGGCCCAAGCAGCCCGAGCAUCGUGCCGCAGCGGCUUCGCCCUACAGGCCGUCGCCGCUCAGCGCCACCCUGCCCAUGCCGGCGACGUCGUUUGUCACCUCGUCGUCGCAGCUCAGCGAGGCCGUCGAGCAGAGCCUCAAGCAAGUGUUCUCGUCGGGCAAGCCGCCGCAGUCGCGCAUGGCCAAGCUAUUGCUCCUGGUGUCGAUGCUCUUCAAGGCGCAGCGCAUCACGGCGCAGGAGAAGAGCGCGCUCAAGGACCUCAUCAUCCAGGACCACGAGGCGCUCGUGUGCGCCCUCGAGGCCUUCGAGACGGAGAAGGACUUUGAUGAACUCGAGGACACCCUCCACCGCAUCUGCCAGAUGAACUGA